AUGAAAGAAAUAAAGUAAGUUUACAACAGAAAGGAAGAUUUGUAUUAGGUAUUGAAUUAGACUAAGUAUUUUGAUGGAUCCUACCUUAAUGAGCUACUUUCGAUGCUGAGAAAUAAGAAAAUUACAAAUUGUUUAGAGUGCUUUAAAAAUUAUACUCAGUUUUAAUUUAUCACAUCAAUGAUUAAAAAUGUUAGCGAAAUAGAAUUUAAUAAGAAAAAUUAUUCAACUGAGAACCAUGAUUAAAUGAGAAAGGGCUUAAAAAAAUAAAUAUCUUAUGAUUAGUAAAUGAUUGAAUUUGUGAAAUUCCUAGUACGUCUUACAGCCAUUGACGAGAGAUUUAUCCAAAGCGGAUCGAAUGCACUCAAUUUAUUAGUAGAAAUGAAAGUGGAUUUGAGAGAAUAAAGCUUUGAGAAUAUAAGGAAUAGAGAUACUUCUUUGGUUGGUGAAAAUUUUGUAAGAUGCAAUUUCAAUGGAUCAGAAUUUGAUAAUGUGGAUAUUAGUGGAAUGAACUUGAAUUAAGCUUAAUUGUUCAAUUGUUAAUGGAAAAAUAUUAAAAUACAUGAGUUAAAUAAAUUAGAUGGUCAUUCAUCAACAAUUUAUUCAAUUUGUUACUCUCCUGAUGGUACUAUAUUAGCAUCUGGUAGUGCAGAUAAGUCUAUCCGUUUAUGGGAUGUUAAGAUAGGAUAAUAAAUAGCCAAAUUAGAUGGUCAUUAACAUGAAGUUCAUUCAAUUAGUUACUCUCCCGAUGGUAUUACAUUAGCAUCUGGAAGUUUUGAUAAAUCUAUCCGUUUAUGGGAUGUUAUGACAGCAUAAGAAAAAACUAAAUUGGAUGGUCAUUAAUAUGAAGUUCAUUCAAUUUGUUACUCUCCUGAUGGUACUACAUUAGCAACUGGUAGUUCAGAUUACUCUAUCCGUUUAUGGGAUGUAAAGACAGGAUAAUAAAGAGCCAAAUUAGAUGGUCAUUCAGAUUAUGUAAGAACAAUUUGUUACUCUCCUGAUGGUACCACAUUAGCAUCUGAUAAUGAUGAUAAAUCUAUCCGUUUAUGGGAUGUUAAGACAGAAUAAUAAAAAGCCAAAUUAGAUGGCCAUUCAUCAGCAGUUUAUUCAGUCAAUUUCUCUCCUGAUGGAAAUACAUUAGCUUCUGGUAGUUAUGAUAGCUCUAUCCGUCUCUGGAAUAUAAAAACAUCAAAGGAAAUUCUUCAAUCAGAUAGUAGCUAUAAAGGUUUGCUUGCCUAGUUUAACAAACCACUUCAUUCUAACUCCUUUUUGCAAAAUGGUAUUCAUUAUUAAUCAUUAUAUAGUUAAUCCUGAUCUUACAAUACUUAAAAUAUGUUAGAAUCCUUUAUUUGAAGCAUCAGGAACACUUAUCCUAUAAGGAAAAUUCAUUAAUCAUUAAGGGAAUGAUUUAAAACCUUAGUUUAAAUCAAAGGGUAUUUGCUUUUUAGAGGACUUCAAGCAAAAAUGA